ACACUCCGUGCCCGCAUCUUAUUUACAGUCGGACCAGGUGGCUGCCAUCAUGCCAUUUGGGUGCCUUGCUCUGAGGGAUGGGCGGACCUACAACACCCUGUCAGACAUCACGGACAAAUACGAGAUUGGUCAGGUCCUCAGGGCGAAGGAGUUCUGUGAGUUGUGCCUGGUCAAGGAGCGACAGACGGACAAGGUGUUUGUCUGCAAGAAGUUCCUCAAGAAGGACGGCAGGAAGGUUCGCAAGGCAGCUAAGAACGAGAUCAUGAUCCUGAAAAUGGUCAACCACCCUAAUAUCCUGCAGCUCAUCGACACCUUUGAGACCAGGAAGGAGUACUUCAUCAUCCAGGAGCUAGCCACAGGGGGCGAUGUGUUUGACUGGAUUCUGGACCAGGGCAGCUACACGGAGAGAGACGCCUCAAAUGUUGUCCGCCAAGUUCUGGAGGCUGUGGCGUACCUCCAUUCCCUCAACAUCGUCCACCGGAACCUAAAGCUGGAGAACUUGAUGUACUACACAGAGAAUAACCACAAUAAAGUGGUCCUGCGAGACUUCUAUCUGUCCAAGUUCGAGAACGGCUCCAUCACAGAGCCCUGUGGAACACCUGAAUACUUGGCUCCGGAGGUCGUGGCCCGUCACCGGUAUGGCCGCCCAGUGGACUGCUGGGCUGUGGGGGUUAUCAUGUACAUACUUCUGUCUGGCAAUCCGCCCUUCUACGACGAGACAGAGGAGGAGAACACAGACCUGCAUAACCGCAUAAUCUUCUGCCGCAUCGUGGCCGGAGAGUUUGAGUUCGACUCCCCCUACUGGGACGACAUCUCUCCUGCAGCGAAAGAGCUGGUCUGCAGGCUAAUGGAGGUGGACCAGAUGCUGAGAAUCACGGCCCAGGAUGCACUGUGGCACGAAUGGAUCGCGGGCAACGGCGCCUCAGAGAAGAACCUGAAGGACGGAGUGUGUGCCCAGUUUGAGAAGAACUUCGCAAAGGCCAAGUGGAGGGAGUUGAAGAAAGCGAUUCGUGUCACCACGUUUAUGCAGCGUCUGCGGGCCCCUGAGUCUGGAGGAGUUGCUGGCGAGAAGGCUCCAGAGGGGCAAGACAAGGGGGAGGAAGGGCAGGCCGGGGAUGGGGGGGAUGCCGGGGACCAGGGUGAGGGAGGGGCCGAUCCUAAGGACACAGUGAGUGUCUCCCAUGAAGUGACACUGGAAAGCAUGCCCAGAGAAGAGGAGGCGGAGGAGAGGGGAGAGAACGGGGAGGUCAAAAAGGCAGGGGAGAGGAUGAUUCCGGUCAGCCCCUCUGUAGGUAUCUCUCCCACAGCGACAGUAGAACCUCUCGCUGAACUGAGUCCCUCCCCCAAAACAUUAGGGGAGCAGCUAGACACGAAUAAGACAGGGUCCAAGAAGGGAACGGGGGAUGGCAGCAGGAAGAUGGCUGCCGUUUUGGGGCAGGAUAAAGGCACCCCAGAAAUGAAGCCAGCACCUCCCACCGCUGAUCCCACGAAGGGUUCAGACAGCAGAGGAACCAAGGUGAUUGUACUGGAGCAGGAGGCGUCCAGUAAAGGAGAGGAGAAGCAGAAGUGCUCUCCUGAGACGCCCAAUCGGCGGAAGAUGGCGGCAGUGCUGUCACACUCUCUGGACCACGGGCCAGGAGUUGCCACAACGACAGCGGCACCCCCUGCAGACCGGGAAAAGCCGGCGCAGCGGGAGAAGGAGGGCGAGAGGAGGCAGGCGGCUCCCAGCAGCUGGUGCCAGACGCAGCUUCCAGAGGCCGUUGCGGAGAAGGCCGUGGGGGUAGGGGGGCUGCCGGAUUUGAGCCCCAGGGGGAGAAGCGGGGAUCUGGGGAGGGUUGGAAGGGGCAGUCCUGAUCCAGGCUUUGCAAGGGGAAAACAGGGGGACGUGGGUUAUGGGGUGGCAGGGUCUCCAAGUUUAGGGCGCAAGAGCACAGUGUCUGUGCAGGAACACAUGGAGGCCGGGGCAGGGACUUCAGGUUUCGGGAGCCAUUACUCAUACUCGGCUAGUGGGGGGGCCGUUUUUGGGGGUGUGGGACAGGGGGCCACUGGCAGCAGUGACUGGCAGAUGGACAGCGUGAUUGAGCAGAUAGAGAAACAAAUGGCCGCGGUCCUCGAGAAGAUAGAGGGAGACAUGCCCUCCCUGCUGGAGCAAAUAAGCGAUUGCCCUGAACAGAGACCGAAAAGCGCCCACUGCUCCCCGUCAUCUCGACCCCGCGCCCAGCGCCACUCCACCCCCCCACCUCUCCCCACCACCCCCCGCCCGCCCCUUCCCUCGCUCCCCCACCUCACCAUCCCACCGCCAUCAUACCCGCCCCCCUCCCCUCCCACCCAUAUCCACACCUACUCCCAGCCAGCCUCGGAUCAGGACGAGAGGGACAGCCAAAGGGGCGCGGCCAGGUCUGGCCAAUCAACAAGAGGGCAGGCAGGCAGAGGGCUAUGAAGCCAUUUUUAUGCACGCUUUUAUUUAAAAAAACACACACACACACAAGCUCAUACACACAGCCCCAGUACUAGCCCCACUACUCACACGGUGCAUGAGGAGGGACUUCAGUGUCAGACUUUGUGCUUUCUAAUGUCCUAAAGGUGUGUUCAAUCGAGAUAUUGGGAUUUAAAGACAAGGCUUUGUAACUGCAAAAUGAAAAAAGUGCUACUGCCAAAGUUACAGUGUAGUCACUUCCAGCACUAUUGCCUCCUUGCACUGCACACUACACUUCACAAUGUAUUUUGCUGUAAUGAGCCGUGUAUGAUGACGCUAGCUAGUUGAGUGUUUCAGUAAGAGAACAUGGACAUGGAGUGGCCACUGUCUGAAUGAGUCCUUGUGAACAUUACUUGAUGGGUAGUCACACAGGUCUCUGAUGGCCAAGAUAUAUAACACAAGCAACACAUACAUGCAGUCUGGGUAAACGUGUGGACAAGCAGACCACAAAGCUGACUGACAAAUUCAAAAUGUAUCUGUUGUGUGGUAAACAGAGAUUCUAGCACCUCUGAACAGAUACGCAAUAUAUAUUAGUUUUGAUCUCUCACAAAUUGCAAAAGGCAAUCCAU